CUUCUUGUGAGAUGUUCCAAAUAUUUAAAAGUUCAUGGAGAACAAGUUUUAAAAUAGAGCUUUGUCUCACUGAUGUCAACAUAUGUUAUAUGUUCUUCAGCAUUUCUCAGUCAGCCAUGGAGGGCUCUACCAAAGGACAAGCAGGAAGACCUCACUUUUGUGAAAAACUACCAACCUCGAAACAAAGGAGCAAACCAUCUCAGGAUUCUGCUAUAUGGACCAGUCGGUGCCGGCAAGUCCAGUUUCAUCAACUCUGUGGACAGUAUCUUACAAGGCAGAAUUACCGGUCGAGCUGAAACAGAUGCAAUCUCUGGGAACAGCUUCACCAAAAAUUACACAAUUUACAAAUUCGAUAAAGGUCCAGACGACUAUUAUAAUUUUGUUUUCAAUGACAUCAUGGGCUUUGAGAACAAUGCCAAUGCUGGUGUUCUUGUGGAAGACAUCAAACUGGCCCUGAAAGGACAUGUGGAAGACGAUUACAAGUUCUCUCCCAGCCAGAAACUGAAGGAGGGUGAUGGAGGUUACAGGUCAUCUCCCACUCUGGACGACAAAGUUCACGUUCUGGUUUCUGUGAUUCCUGCCAACAAAGUAUCUUUAAUAAAAGAAGACAAAUUUGUGGAGAAGAUGAGAGAAGUCAGACUCGCAGCAAGUGACAUGGGAAUUCCCCAACUGGCUAUUCUCACCAAAGUGGAUGAAGCCUGUCCUGAAACCAGGAAAAAUAUAACAAAUGCCUAUUACAGCAAGUAUCUGAAGGAACAGGUCGACACAUUCAGCUUGUUGCUGGGUAUUCCACAGAGCUCCAUCUUCCUCGUGAAGAACUAUGGUCCAGAUCCAAUAGUGGAUGAUGACAAGAAUCUGCUGAUACUGAGCGCACUGAGACAGAUGAUCACAUUUGGAGAAGACUUCCUCAACCACCUGUAG